GCAGUGAGCGCGGCGCUCUCUCGCGCGCCCGGUGUCUCCCUCUCCCUGCCUCUGCAGAAACAGCUCCCUGCCAGAACGGCGCUCGGCGCGGCGCGGCCCGGAGCGGCGGCGGCGGCGCCUCUUCCUGCCUGCUCGCCCUCAGGAGUUGCUGGAUCUUUUUGACAGAGAAAAGCCGACGGGGGGCCUCGGGGAGGACUCGGCACGAGCGGGCGGAGACGUUUCAGCCCCCUGCUGGCCCGGGCGGACCCCUCUCCCCCGUCCGGGGGUCCGCCGCUCCCCCACUCCCCUCCUUUCCGCCUCUUCUUGCUCUGCCUCUCUCGAUUGAUUUUUUUCAAAUGGUGUAGCCGCCAGAGGUGCGGUGCUAAAUUCUUGGAAGGGGCCCGGAUGUACUGAGGAUGCAUUACAAUUUCACAAAAGGAGGCAGUAGUGGAAAGGAGCAGUUUUUGGUGUUUGAUGCAAUAAUGGGAAUCAGGUAAUCAUCAGAAAGGAAGAAGAAAUACUGCAGAUCCACGGCUUCCUUGAAUUUUGCACGAAAGCCGACCUCGGAGGAGGGAUUUAAUCCAGACCCGCUUGGGGGUGUUUUGCCAUUUCUUCCUCUUCGUGGCUUCUUCUCCUUUUAAAACAAUUUUUGGUCCAUGGUCAAUGAGAACACGAGGAUGUACAUUCCAGAGGAAAACCAUCAAGGUUCCAACUAUGGGAGCCCGCGCCCAGCUCACGCCAACAUGAAUGCCAAUGCUGCUGCGGGGCUCGCCCCUGAGCACAUCCCUACACCGGGGGCCGCCUUGUCCUGGCAGGCAGCCAUUGAUGCGGCCCGGCAGGCCAAGCUGAUGGGCAGCGCCGGCAACGCGACCAUCUCCACGGUCAGCUCCACGCAGCGGAAGCGGCAGCAGUAUGGGAAGCCCAAGAAGCAGGGCAGCACGACGGCCACGCGCCCGCCCCGCGCCCUGCUCUGCCUGACUCUGAAGAACCCCAUCAGGAGGGCGUGCAUCAGCAUCGUCGAAUGGAAACCAUUUGAAAUCAUUAUUUUACUGACUAUUUUUGCCAAUUGUGUGGCCUUAGCGAUCUAUAUUCCCUUUCCAGAAGACGACUCCAACGCCACCAAUUCUAACCUGGAACGAGUGGAAUAUCUCUUUCUCAUAAUUUUUACUGUGGAAGCAUUUUUAAAAGUAAUAGCCUAUGGACUUCUCUUUCACCCCAACGCUUACCUCCGCAAUGGUUGGAAUUUACUAGAUUUUAUAAUUGUGGUUGUAGGGCUUUUUAGUGCAAUUUUAGAACAAGCAACCAAAGCCGAUGGGGCAAACGCUCUAGGAGGGAAAGGAGCUGGAUUUGACGUGAAGGCACUGAGGGCAUUCCGCGUGCUGCGCCCGUUGCGCCUGGUGUCUGGAGUCCCAAGCCUCCAGGUGGUUCUGAAUUCCAUUAUCAAGGCUAUGGUGCCCCUGCUGCAUAUUGCCCUGUUAGUGCUGUUUGUCAUCAUCAUCUACGCCAUCAUCGGCCUGGAGCUCUUCAUGGGGAAAAUGCAUAAGACCUGCUACAACCAGGAGGGCAUAGCAGAUGUUCCAGCAGAAGAUGAUCCUUCCCCUUGUGCUCUGGAGACAGGCCAUGGGCGGCAGUGUCAGAACGGCACUGUGUGCAAGCCCGGGUGGGACGGGCCCAAGCACGGCAUCACCAACUUCGACAAUUUUGCCUUUGCCAUGUUGACAGUGUUCCAGUGCAUCACCAUGGAGGGCUGGACAGAUGUGCUGUACUGGGUCAAUGAUGCCGUAGGAAGGGACUGGCCCUGGAUCUAUUUUGUUACACUAAUCAUCAUAGGGUCAUUUUUUGUACUUAACUUGGUUCUCGGUGUUCUUAGCGGAGAGUUUUCCAAAGAGAGAGAGAAGGCCAAAGCUCGAGGAGAUUUCCAGAAGCUUCGAGAGAAGCAGCAGCUAGAAGAGGACCUGAAGGGCUACCUGGACUGGAUCACCCAGGCAGAGGAUAUUGACCCCGAGAAUGAGGAUGAAGGCAUGGAUGAAGAAAAGCCCCGAAACAGAGGCACUCCAGCGGGCUUGCUUGAUCAGAAGAAAGGGAAGUUUGCUUGGUUUAGUCACUCCACAGAAACCCAUGUGAGCAUGCCCACAAGCGAGACCGAGUCUGUCAACACUGAAAACGUGGCUGGAGGUGACAUCGAGGGAGAGAACUGCGGGGCCAGGCUGGCCCACCGGAUUUCCAAAUCAAAGUUCAGCCGCUACUGGCGCCGGUGGAAUCGGUUCUGUAGAAGAAAGUGUCGUGCUGCAGUCAAGUCUAAUGUCUUCUACUGGCUUGUGAUCUUCCUUGUGUUCCUCAACACACUCACCAUUGCCUCGGAACACUACAACCAGCCCCACUGGCUCACGGAGGUCCAAGACACGGCCAACAAGGCACUGCUGGCCCUUUUCACUGCAGAGAUGCUGCUGAAGAUGUACAGCCUGGGCCUGCAGGCCUACUUUGUGUCCCUCUUCAACCGUUUUGACUGCUUCAUUGUGUGUGGGGGCAUCCUGGAGACCAUCCUGGUAGAGACCAAGAUCAUGUCUCCCUUGGGCAUCUCUGUGCUGAGAUGUGUCCGGCUACUGCGGAUAUUUAAAAUCACAAGGUACUGGAACUCCUUAAGCAACCUGGUGGCAUCCUUGCUGAAUUCUGUACGCUCCAUUGCCUCCCUGCUGCUGCUCCUCUUCCUCUUCAUCAUCAUCUUCUCCCUCCUGGGGAUGCAGCUCUUUGGAGGAAAGUUCAACUUUGAUGAAAUGCAGACCCGGAGGAGCACAUUUGAUAACUUUCCCCAGUCCCUUCUCACCGUGUUUCAGAUCCUGACCGGGGAGGACUGGAAUUCGGUGAUGUAUGAUGGGAUCAUGGCUUAUGGCGGCCCCUCUUUUCCAGGGAUGUUAGUCUGUAUUUACUUCAUCAUCCUCUUCAUCUGUGGAAACUAUAUCCUACUGAAUGUGUUCUUGGCCAUUGCUGUGGACAACCUGGCGGAUGCUGAGAGCCUCACGUCUGCCCAAAAGGAGGAGGAAGAAGAGAAGGAGAGAAAGAAGCUGGCCAGACCGGCCAGGACUGCCAGCCCAGAGAAGAAACAAGAGGUGGUAGAGAAGCCAGCAGUGGAAGAGACCAAGGAGGAGAAAAUUGAACUGAAAUCUAUUACUGCUGAUGGAGAGUCCCCACCCACCACCAAGAUCAACAUGGAUGACCUCCAGCCCAAUGAAAAUGAGGAUAAGAGUCCCUACCCCAACCCAGAAAAUACAGGAGAAGAGGAUGAGGAGGAGCCUGAGAUGCCUGUGGGCCCCCGCCCCCGCCCACUCUCGGAGCUGCACCUGAAGGAAAAGGCAGUGCCCAUGCCAGAAGCCAGUGCAUUUUUCAUCUUCAGCCCCAACAACAGAUUUCGCCUCCAGUGUCACCGCAUUGUCAAUGACACGAUCUUCACCAACCUGAUCCUCUUCUUCAUUCUGCUCAGCAGCAUUUCCCUGGCGGCUGAGGACCCCGUCCAGCACACCUCCUUCAGGAACCAUAUUCUGUUUUAUUUUGACAUUGUUUUCACUACCAUUUUCACCAUUGAAAUUGCUCUGAAGAUGACUGCUUAUGGGGCUUUCCUACACAAGGGCUCUUUUUGCCGAAACUACUUCAACAUCUUGGACCUGCUGGUGGUCAGCGUGUCCCUCAUUUCCUUUGGCAUCCAGUCCAGUGCAAUCAAUGUGGUGAAGAUCUUGCGAGUCCUGAGAGUCCUCAGGCCCCUGAGGGCCAUCAACAGGGCCAAGGGGCUAAAGCACGUGGUUCAGUGCGUGUUCGUUGCUAUCCGGACCAUCGGGAACAUUGUGAUUGUCACCACGCUGCUUCAGUUCAUGUUCGCCUGCAUCGGUGUGCAGCUUUUCAAGGGAAAGCUCUACACCUGCUCAGAUAGUUCCAAACAGACUGAGGCAGAAUGCAAGGGUAACUACAUCACAUACAAAGAUGGGGAGGUCGAUCACCCUAUCAUCCAACCCCGCAGCUGGGAGAACAGCAAGUUUGACUUUGACAACGUUCUGGCAGCCAUGAUGGCCCUCUUUACUGUCUCUACCUUUGAGGGAUGGCCAGAGCUGCUGUACCGCUCCAUCGACUCCCACACAGAAGACAAGGGCCCCAUCUACAACUACCGUGUGGAGAUCUCCAUCUUUUUCAUCAUCUACAUCAUCAUCAUUGCCUUCUUCAUGAUGAACAUCUUCGUGGGUUUCGUCAUCGUCACCUUCCAGGAGCAGGGGGAGCAGGAAUACAAGAACUGUGAGCUGGACAAGAACCAGCGACAAUGCGUGGAAUAUGCCCUCAAGGCCCGGCCCCUGCGGAGGUACAUCCCCAAGAACCAGCACCAGUACAAAGUGUGGUACGUGGUCAACUCCACCUACUUUGAAUACCUGAUGUUCGUCCUCAUCCUUCUCAACACCAUCUGCUUGGCCAUGCAGCACUAUGGCCAGAGCUGCCUCUUCAAAAUUGCCAUGAACAUCCUCAACAUGCUCUUCACUGGCCUCUUCACCGUGGAGAUGAUUCUGAAGCUCAUUGCCUUCAAACCCAAGGGUUACUUUAGUGAUCCCUGGAAUGUUUUUGACUUCCUCAUCGUAAUUGGCAGCAUAAUUGACGUCAUUCUCAGUGAAACUAAUCACUAUUUCUGUGAUGCAUGGAAUACAUUUGACGCCUUGAUUGUUGUGGGUAGCAUUGUUGAUAUAGCAAUCACCGAGGUAAACCCAGCUGAACAUACCCAAUGCUCUCCCUUUAUGAACGCAGAGGAGAACUCCCGCAUCUCCAUCACCUUCUUCCGCCUCUUCCGGGUCAUGCGCCUGGUCAAACUGCUGAGCCGAGGGGAGGGCAUCCGGACCUUGCUGUGGACCUUCAUCAAGUCCUUCCAGGCCCUGCCCUAUGUGGCUCUUCUGAUAGUGAUGCUGUUCUUCAUCUACGCAGUGAUCGGGAUGCAGGUGUUUGGGAAAAUUGCCCUGAAUGACACCACAGAGAUCAACCGGAACAACAACUUCCAGACCUUUCCCCAAGCUGUGCUGCUUCUCUUCAGGUGUGCCACAGGGGAAGCAUGGCAGGAUAUCAUGCUGGCCUGCAUGCCAGGAAAGAAGUGUGCCCCCGAGUCGGAGCCCAGCAACAGCACAGAAGGUGAAACUCCCUGUGGCAGCAGCUUCGCGGUCUUCUACUUCAUCAGCUUCUACAUGCUCUGUGCCUUCCUGAUCAUCAACCUCUUUGUAGCUGUCAUCAUGGACAACUUUGACUACCUGACAAGGGACUGGUCAAUUCUUGGUCCCCAUCAUCUAGAUGAAUUUAAAAGAAUCUGGGCAGAGUAUGAUCCUGAAGCCAAGGGUCGGAUCAAACACCUGGAUGUGGUGACCCUGCUCAGGCGGAUUCAGCCCCCACUGGGUUUUGGGAAGCUAUGCCCUCACCGCGUGGCUUGCAAACGCCUGGUCUCCAUGAACAUGCCUCUGAACAGUGAUGGGACAGUCAUGUUCAAUGCUACCCUGUUUGCCCUGGUCCGGACAGCCCUGCGGAUUAAAACAGAAGGGAACCUAGAACAAGCCAAUGAGGAACUGCGGGCCAUAAUCAAGAAGAUCUGGAAGCGGACCAGCAUGAAGCUGCUGGACCAAGUGGUGCCCCCAGCAGGUGAUGACGAGGUCACAGUUGGCAAGUUUUAUGCUACUUUCCUGAUCCAAGAGUACUUCCGGAAAUUCAAGAAGCGCAAAGAGCAGGGCCUGGUGGGCAAACCCUCCCAGAGGAACGCCCUAUCCCUGCAGGCUGGCUUGCGCACGCUGCAUGACAUCGGGCCUGAGAUCCGACGGGCCAUUUCUGGAGAUCUGACGGCUGAGGAGGAGUUGGACAAGGCCAUGAAAGAGGCUGUGUCUGCUGCCUCUGAAGAUGACAUCUUCCGGAGGGCCGGUGGCCUGUUCGGCAACCACGUCAGCUACUACCAAAGUGACGGCCGGAGCGCCUUCCCCCAGACCUUCACCACCCAGCGCCCACUGCACAUCAACAAGGCGGCUAACAGCCAAGGCGACACCGAGUCGCCAUCCCACGAGAAACUGGUGGACUCCACUUUCACCCCCAGCAGCUACUCAUCCACUGGCUCCAACGCCAACAUCAACAAUGCCAACAACACUGCCCUGGGCCGCUUCCCCCGCCCCGCUGGCUACCCCAGCGCAGUCAGCACCGUGGAGGGCCACGGGCCCCCCUUGUCUCCUGCCGUCCGGGUACAGGAGGCCGCAUGGAAGCUCAGCUCCAAGAGGUGCCACUCCCGGGAGAGCCAGAUCGCCAUGGUGUGUCAGGAGGAGGUCUCUCAGGACGAGACCUAUGAGGUGAAGCUGAGCGAGGACACAGAGUACUGCAGCGAGCCCAGCCUGAUCUCUACAGAGCUGCUCUCCUAUCAGGAUGAUGAAAACCGGCAAUUAACACCGCCUGAGGAGGACAAGAGAGACAUCCGGCAAUCUCCAAAGAGGGGUUUCCUCCGCUCUGCCUCACUAGGUCGAAGGGCCUCCUUCCACCUGGAAUGUCUGAAGCGACAGAAGAAUCAAGGCGGAGACAUCUCUCAGAAGACAGUCCUGCCCUUGCAUCUGGUUCAUCAUCAGGCAUUGGCAGUGGCGGGCCUGAGCCCCCUCCUCCAGAGAAGCCAUUCCCCGAGCACGUUCCCCAGGCCGUGCGCCACGCCCCCAGCCACACCCGGCAGUCAAGGCUGGCCCCCGCAGCCCAUCCCCACCCUGCGGCUGGAGGGGGCCGAGUCCAGCGAGAAACUCAACAGCAGCUUCCCGACCAUCCACUGCAGCUCCUGGUCCGGGGAGCCCGCGCCCUGCGGUGGGGGCAGCAGCGCCCUGCGGAGAGCCCGGCCGGUGUCCCUCACUGUGCCCAGCCAGGCUGGGGCCCGGGGCCGGCCGUUCUACGGCAGUGCCAGCAGCCUGGUGGGAGCGGUCUUGAUUUCAGAAGGACUGGGGCAGUUUGCUCAAGAUCCCAAGUUUAUCGAGGUCACAACCCAGGAGCUGGCUGACGCAUGUGACAUGACCAUAGAGGAGAUGGAGAACGCCGCUGACAACAUCCUCAGUGGGGGCGCCCAGCAGAGCCCCAACGGCACCCUACUACCUUUUGUUAACUGCAGGGACCCAGGGCAGGACAGAGCGGGGGGCCAAGAGGGCGAGAGCUGCACUGGGGCUCGGGCGUGUCGGAAGAGCGAGGAGGAGCGCCAGGACAGCAGAGCCCACGCCGGCAGCCUGUAGUUGCUAGGGCUGGGGAGACGCUGGGUUUUUUAUUUGUUUCAAUGUUCCUAAUGGGUUCGUUUCAGAAGUGCCUCACUGUUCUCGUGACCUGGAGUUAACCGGAACAGCGUCUUCAUUCAUUUCGUUGGGACAAGACGCAGAGUUGGGUGGUGUGCAGAGUCUGUUUUCCGGGGGGAAAGAAGGCAGCAACCCCAGUUAGUGUUGUGUCCACAGAGGUAGAGUGGUGAGGAGGAGUGGAAGGAUCAGGGAGGGAGAGAAAGAGAAGAGACGCCUGCCCUCCCCUCCGGGCAUGAAGGAGAGCCUCAGCUUCCUGCGGUAGCCCUCACCAAAAGGACCCUAUGUCAAACGGGUGUCUUUCAACUUUGCUUGUAAAAAAAAAAAAAAAAUCAUUUUGCACAUAUUCUGUAUGAGCCUCACUGUCUCCAUAGAGCCAGGGCCCUGUGGAUUUGCA